CAAUCAAUAAUGUUUCACUGCCCCUAUGUUAAAGUUUCCACAGACCUGCCAUUUCCAGUCUGGACCCUGACAUCAUGAGGACUGUUUUGACUUUUUUUGUUUUUAUUAAUUUGACCAUACUCCUGAAGACAGGGUGCUGCGCGGAAACACGUGGCCAAGUGCUAUCGAUCACCCCCAAAACACAAGAACAAGUGGACAUCCUGAAGAACAUUUCCACCCAAUAUGAGACGGUCUUGUGGCAGCCUGUUUCACCCCAAUACAUCCAAGAAGAAGCUCAAGUCCACCUCUUUAUUCCUGCGAACAGCUCGGAGACCGUGAAGGAUCUGCUUCAGAGACACAGCCUCACGCACGAGGUUUUACUGCCCAACGCUGACGAGCUGAUUGAAAUGCAGACGAGGAACGACACCACCGACCCACGGAGCGGCUCGACGUUCUACGAGAGAUACCACAGUUUGGAGGAUAUUUAUGACUGGAUAAAUAGGACCACACAUGACAACCCCAGCAUGCUAAAGGUCAUCCUCGUUGGAUCUUCAUACGAGAAGCGACCGCUGUAUGCUCUGAAGCUGUCUAUCAGCAACAGGCCAAACAAGAAAGCCAUAUGGAUCGACUGUGGGAUCCAUGCCAGAGAGUGGAUCGCUCCCGCUUUCUGCUUAUGGUUUGUGCACCAUUCUUUGUCCUUUUACAAGCACAACGCAGACAUCACCAACAUCCUGGACGCCAUGGAUGUUUACAUCCUGCCUGUCAUGAACCCCGAUGGAUACAAGUACACGUGGACGACAAACAGGAUGUGGAGGAAGAAUCGCUCCCUCAGCAAGACCACCAGCUGCAUCGGCACCGACCUUAACAGGAACUUUGAUGCCAAUUGGUGCACUGAAGGAGCCUCUCGUGAUCGCUGCUCUGAGAUCUACUGUGGCGAGUUCCCCGAAUCCGAGCCGGAGUCCCAGGCCGUGGCCGACUUCCUGCGCAGACACAAGGACACGGUUCAGCUCUACUUCAGCAUCCACUCCUACUCUCAGAUGCUGCUUUUCCCAUAUUCCUGCAGCCACAAUAUAGUAGACAACCACAAUGAAUUGCUUGAAAUGGCCAAAGAAGCUGCAGAGAAGAUCAGAAGAUAUUAUAGGAACAACUACAGAUAUGGAGCUGGAGCAAGCACAAUAUACCUGGCCCCCGGUGGUUCUGAUGACUGGGCGUACAACCAGGGCAUCAAGUAUUCCUUCACGUUUGAGCUGCAGGACCGCGGGCGAUAUGGCUUCCUGCUGCCACCGUCUCACAUUUCCCGCGCCUGCAAUGAAGCUCUGACCGCUGUGAAGACCAUUGCUCUCAAGGUCAUAGAGAAAACUCAAGCUGCAGCAAGUCCUCCUCCCGCCGCAUAAACAAGUUCCCCCUGACAUUAAGGUUGUAAAUUUAAUAUUUUAAGACGUUCUGUUGAAUGAAAGCGAAUGAAAAUCAAAUCAUCGUGCAUGUCCUUCGUCGCACAGACACAUUUGCUGUCACUGAUCACGUCAGUGGAGUUUCAGUGUUUAAUUGCGAUUGAUGAUGCUUUUUAUGAUGUGUGUAUAUUUAAUAAAACAUUCACUUAUCCAAAAAUGUCAUGUCAUGUAACACAACUACAGAAGUAAACUUACAUUUGGUAUGAACUCUACCACACUGUGGUGUUUUAUACUUAAUAAAAUUUGAAUUAAGGACGUUGAA